AUGCUUCAGAAGGUGCUCCUGCUUGGGGGGCUCAUUGUGUUGGGCACCCAUCUCUGCAACAUUCAUAAAGAAUUUGUAGACAUCAGUAAGAACCUCGAUUAUUUUGUGGCAUCGGUGCAGUUUGCCGUGGCUCGGUUCAACGACAGCACUAUGGAAGAGUACACAUACACGUUGCUAGAGGUCGGGAGAGCCCAGCAAAAGAAGUCAACAAUGGUAUUUUUAAUCGAUGUCGAAUUGGGUCGCACAACUUGUAAAAAACAUGAUGAAGACAUUGACAAUUGCCCAUUGCAAGACGGUGCAGGAGAGAAAUCGGUUCGCUGCACUUUUGUCGUGGAUGCCCGACCCUGGAUUUCCCUGUUCUACCUCCUGAAAAGCACCUGUGAGCAGAAAACGUGA